UUGCUCAUUAACAAACAGAAACGUUCAGUUCGCUAUGUUCAUCAACUAAAACACACUAAAGAUACGUAAUACUUCUGCACACGUAUAGUCCAAAACUAACGGUUCAGUUUGCAGUCGUUGCUUUUCGUGCGAUCAAAUUUUUUGUGAAUUUUUUUGAAGCGAGGAAAUCGCUAUUGCAUGAACUUCAUUUAUAGUUAUGUGUUGUUGAUUAAGUAAUAACAUGAAUAUCAAGCUCUUUUAUCAUUUAAUAACGGCACAUCUCUUAUCAGGAUGGUGGAGUGUUCCAGGCCAAUGUGCCAAUCUGAAGAUGUUAGAUUUGGAGGAUCUAGAAGUACUCGCAAUGGUAACAGACAGACCCGCUGCGUACCGAGCAAUGAGGGACAGGUUGAUUGGUCUAAGACACCAGUUGGGUGGAAGGCUUGAUGAAAAAAGGGAGUCUCAUGAUGUUGCAAAGGUUGAAGAUGCGAAAAAUUUAGUACAAAUGGCUGCCUAUGUCCCAAUUGUCCAAAGGGUUAAACUACGAGAAUGGAUUUUUGCCAUUGAAAGAAACUUUCCGAACUGGUUGAGAUAUCUCGAAGUCAAUCGUUUAAUUGCGUGGGUAUUAGCUCUAAAAUUCGCCCAAGAACCAAUUUUCGACGAUCUGCGACGUCUGCUAAAAGCACGUAGGCUAACAAUGGAUACAUUUGCAAAUGAAAUGUAUUCCAUUUACGAGGACACGCCUUCAUCAAUCCCACAUAAAUUGCCCGAUGUCCCCGAUCCAAAGCCAGACAACAUUCCACGAGUAUGCCAAUUAGUUGCCGGAAACAACGAAGAUAAGGAAGCUGCGUGCGUUGUUCUAUUACAUGCUUUGUUUGGUACAACUGAGGUUCCAUCAACGAGUGUUGAACCCACUUCAACAACUCCUGAUCUUUACCCUACGAAAUUUUACGUAAUGAUCAAGCAUUAUAAAGAAACAACGGAGGAAGGACGUGAAUUCGCUUCGAAUAAAUUUUCAAAAAUACGAGUAGUAGAAAGUAAUUUGGAAUUUAAAAAGCAAAACUGCAUUAUACUAGACAACUUUACUAUAGAUCAUAGUAAAAUCGAUAAUACAGAAUUUGGAAAACGACAAAAAGUGAAAUUACCGACCAUAUGUGUAGUUAUGCGAAUAGGAUUCCCUAGAAAUUUACGAGGUCAAUCUGUUCGCGAAUUGCAGAAAAAAAUUUUUACAGACGCUAUGUCUGUGAAGCAAGGUAUAAUGACUGACCUGAAAAAUGAAGACCCUAGUGCAGAGAUUUUUACAUAGAAUGAAUUUAUAUCUCACGAAUAGUUCAGGUUUAUUUAUGUCAAUCUAUCUGGCACUGCUGAUUCUAAAGGAGAAGGACACUCAACAUGAAGCAUCAGGUGACAUACACGAUCCUAUAAGCAGCAGGAUAUCUAUGUAUCUACAGAAGUGAAAACCAACAAGACCACCAACGCACCAACCAGCCAUCCCCAUGUUCUUACAAUUCCCGCUCAAUAGUUGUGUCCAAUUUUUCGUAAAUUUCAUUGAAAAUAUUUUCAUAAA